AUGGAGUUUGACAAGUCCCGGUCAGUGAAACGGAGGAAGUACGAUGGUCCAGCAGGCGGUGUCAAAGUGUUGGUUGUGGAUGCUAACUUGGCAUGCCAAGCAAUUGUAUCAAAAAUGCUUCUUUCACUUGGAUAUGAAGUUGUGACUGCUGCACUAGCUUCCGACGCAUUAUCCAUUAUUUGGGAUAAGAAGAAUGAGAUUAACCUUAUGCUUGUGGAGGCUCAGCUACCAGACAUGGAAAUACAUGAGUUCAUGGAGAAAGUGAAAGAAAGUGCUAAUCUUCCAUGUUUCAUUAUGACUGCUUACGAUGAUGACAUUCCAUCCAUUUCAAGAGCACUAAGUACCGGAGCUAAAUUGUGUUUUAGAAAGCCGGUUCUUCUUUUUGAUCUUCAGGAGCUGUGGCGGUUUGCAGUGUGGAACAGAAUUGAAACAAUGUUCAGUGAAGAAGAACUUCGCUUCGGGCGGCGUCAGUCAGAGAUGAUUACGGUUAACAAGGGUCUCGAGUCCCAAUCAUCCAUCAAUACAGAAGAGUCUCUCCAAUAUGCAAAUGGCAAGAUACACGAAUCUCCUAAUGAAGAUAUGAGAUUACUCCCGAAAAAGAGAAGGCGUACCUGGACUGAUGACUUACAUAGGAAGUUCUUGGAUGCUGUUGAAACAGCAGGAAUCAACGCUCGUCCGAAGGUGAUAUUCGAGCUUAUGGAUGUGGAAGGACUUACAAAAGAGAGCGUUGCAAACUAUUUACAGAAAUAUCGUCAAUCUAUGAAAAUACGAGCUAGUGCUAUGGCGCAGCAUGUGAAUGGAUACGUGUCUCUGACUAAGAAACGAGGAAAAGGCCCUCUAUACUCUGAGAAUCAAGAUGCGACUAGCAAUCCUUCUAUUCUCAGUAAUGGGACGCCUGUGCAAGCUUCUGAUUCUUCUGCACCAUAUGCUUCCCUGGAAAGCUCAAAUUAUCAGGAGUCACCUUUCGAUCAAAGCCAACUGUACCCGCCAUUGAAACAGCAACGUGUUGAGAAACAAUGGGAUUUUCGAACACUGCUGGCUUUUGACAUGAACGAUCAAUUUUACCCGGCACUUCCUAUUGCUCUACUACCGCCAGAAAAAGAUGAAAAGAUUGACGAAAUUUUUUAUUCAAAACAGCUGUUUACUGAUGAGGAUUUGAAUAUGUGGUUGUCAACAAUUCCAGACAAGGUGGAUGAUGAUGAUAAUGAUGCUGCUGCUUUUGCUUGA